AUGAAAUUUUUCAACGCCGUCGUUCUCGCUCUUGCUCAGGCCCAGGACUUUGAAGAGAAAGGACUCAGUCUCCAGAAAAAGGUCGACAAUGUGAUGAGCAAGUGCUAUACUUUCAUGGAGAAGUCGAUGACUUGCCAGCCGCCCAGUGGCAAGCUUGGAAAGUACCAGUACAGAAUCUCAAAGCUUGUCAAUGACGCUGUGUGGCACUACAAUGAGGGCAAGUGUGAUCCCCGAAGCGCCGGAUACGGUUACCGAAAGCGACGACAGGCUGAUCUCGAUGCGGAAUUUGACGCGAUCAUGGCUGAAAUCGAGGAUAAUGACUUCGACGGCAAGGGCUACGGAUACCCAAGCACGCCGCUCAAGUACCUCAACAAAUUAGAGGCCGUCUGCGAGAAAUCCUUCAAAGCACUCUACAACGCACCAGAACUCCAGGACUGUCCGAAAUUGGGCGCAUGGGAAAACCGAUCGGAGGAGCUCCUUGCUGAUCUUACUGCCAUGAAGAAAGUCUGCGCCAAUGGAAAGGGCAAGGAUCAACAGCCUUACUAA